GAAUUAUCAUAUUUUCCUCGUAGCAGGUGCCUUUUACAUGUCUUUUACAUGUGUGGAGAAGUAACAAUCUGUCUUGCCGAGAAAUAGUGUCAGCCAGCUGCAAGAUCGAGAAAGUCUCUUGUCACUGUCCCGAGCCAUUCUUCAAUACGUAAAACGCAAGAUCAAAUGAAUUAAUAGUCGCGGUAUCAAAGGUUAUGGUUAUGUCAUUUGCGUAAUAUGGCGUCCUCCGAACUAUUAGACGAUGGGCAGGAUUGGAAGACUCUUGAGUACAGAAUAUACAAGUGCUCCAGUUAUUCACUAAUGUUCGUGCCUGAGAACAUCCUAGUCGAUAACCCGCUGGAUGACUUUUCUCGCUGGUCAUCGGACGAUGACAAUCAUCCUCAGUACCUGGUUCUAAAACUGCAGAGGCCCUCGAUCGUUCGCUCCAUAACGUUCGGGAAAUACAAGGAAGCCCACGUCUGCAACGUGAAAAAGUUUAAGAUCUAUGGGGGAAUGGAAUCCGAGAACUUGAUGGAACUGUUGAAAGGGGGCCUGAAGAAUGACUCGAUAUCAGAGACGUUCGAGCUGAAGCACAAAAUCGGUAGGAAUGGCAUAUACUAUCCUGUUCGAUACAUAAAGAUUAUGCCCCUGCAGACCUGGGGUCCGAAUUUCAACUACUCCAUCUGGCACGUUCGUCUGACGGGAAUGGAUGAUCCUCUGGUUAUAAAGCCGUACAUUAAGAACGUUGAGCAGUAUUUCCAGAAUGAGAUUAUAAGACUCUGUAUGAAACACUUUCGGCGGUUGGAGCAACCUCAGGUGGUCCAAACCCUGGAGAGAGUGGCAAAUGUCAAACUGGAAGAUCCUCGUCUGGCAGUAUUGUAUGACAUCCUGGUGAACCGUGGAAACCACCACGAGGCCGAGCACUUCAUAACAUACGCCAUAAGCAUCGGUUUGUUGGAUGACUAUAUAAACAGUCAGCCGUACCGAGCAGUCUGGCAGAAAAUGUCAUGCGAGGAUCCCCGUCCUGGGAUGCGUGGCGGUCACCAGAUGGUCCUAGACUCAGCAGCCGACACUCUGUACCUCUUCGGCGGUUGGGACGGUACGCAGGACCUAGCAGAUCUCUGGCAAUACAAUAUAAAAACCGAAAAAUGGUCGCUGCUUUGCAAGGACACUGAAUCGGUUGGUGGUCCUAGCGCUCGUUCCUGUCACAAGAUGUGCCUGGACCCCGAGAAAAGGCAGCUAUUUACCCUUGGUAGAUACCUGGAUACCCAGUAUCGCACCCCGGAGAAUCUAAAGAGUGAUUUCUACGUCUACGACAUAGAAUCCGACAAGUGGACGCAGAUAUCAGAGGACACUGGAGCUGUUUGUGGCCCCCGACUAAUAUUCGACCACCAGAUGAGCAUGGACAUCAUGAACAGGAUAAUAUACGUCUUCGGAGGACGAGUUUUGGUAUCCUCUGGAGCCACUGAGGAUGGUGGGCCCAUCACCACAGCGGAGCCCAUCUUCUCAGGAUUGUACUCUUACCAUGUGCCUACCAGCACCUGGAACAUUUUAGCCUGUGACAUUGCCAGACCUAGUCCCUUCAGUGUUCCAAGCAUCAGGUCACGGGUGGGCCACUCCAUGCUUUUCAAUCCAGUAGACAGAAAGCUCUACAUAUCCGCGGGGCAGAGAAGCAAAGAGUACCUCAACGACUUUUUCACAUAUGAAGUUGACAGCAAUAUGAUGGAGUACAUCAGUGACAAUGACUUCGAUGAAGCGGACUCCAAUCACAUACCAGCCGCUGGUUAUACUCAACGAGCCACUAUCGAUCCAGUCCUAGGAGAGAUUUACGUACUCUCAGGGCUCAGCAAGGACAAGGACAAGAGGGAGGAGAACGUACAAAAUUCAUUCUGGGUUUACAAGAUCAAGAAAAACACCUGGACAUGUGUCUAUCGUAACGAGAAUGGGGGGGAGAAGUAUUGGAGCAAAAUGCAGGAUUACGAGCCCUGUCCACGUUUUGCUCAUCAGCUGGUCUACGACAUGGAUCAGAGGGUCCAUUAUCUCUUCGGAGGUAAUCCUGGCAGAUCUUGCCUACCCAAACUCAGGCUUGCUGAUUUCUGGCAGCUGAAACUCUGCAGACCAACUCACGAGCAGAUACUCAAACGAUGCAAACUCAUCAUUAGAACGUACAAGUUCAAGGAAUUGGCCCUCAGUAAUAGUAUCGAGGCACUCGAGUAUCUCCAGAGAGAUGUCUCGGAGAUUAUCGAUCAUAAGGACGAGGAGCAGACGAAGAAGUUUCAGGCACUGACCUCGGUUUUGUUCAUGAAACACUUGAUGGAGACUGAUGAGGAUGAAAUUGAGGAGUCUAUGGAGAGGGAACUGCAUCACAAAAGGACAGAACUCUUUGACAGACUUAUGGAGUUCUUUCCAGAGACAAUCACACAACCCAGGGCUAACCUUGUCGAUCUUCUGGUGUUGUGACACGGACAGUAAAUUGCGCAAUUUUAUCUCGUGCAUUUUCGGUGAUUGGACGUACUCAUUUCAAGCAAUUCGUCGUACGAUAUUUGUGAGUUUUUUUUCGUUUGAUCAAUUUUUAAUGCAACUAGUCUGGAGUGGAGUGUCUCAGGUUGAGGAUUUUAUAGGAAAUGAGGAUUCUAACGAAUGUAUUUUUUUAUUCAUUGUCUCACAUAUUGUCCUGUAUAUAGCGUACCUUAUUGAUGAAACGUAAGAAGAAAUUUUAUUGGAGAAAAAUUCUGUGAGAAUUAUAUCUGUUUUUUGUUGAUUCUACUGAAAAAUUCCACGUUCUCUCGUCGUUUUUUUCUUACAAAAAUGUUUGAUAGCACACAUGUACACAUUGACUUGAUUUUUUAACUAAAUUACCUUAGUAGAUGCUUUGUAAAGUAAGUACUUAUUAUUUUGUCUGAGAAAACUUGGGAAUUUUUCAAUAUUUUUGACCGAAAAACAUCAGAAUCUCAAACGGAAGAUUUUUUUUAUUAAAUUUUUUUGUACGUAAAUUUAUUAAUUUCAGUUUGCGAUAUUAUCUUGACGUAUGACAGGAUAUGAGUGAUAGAGAUGAGAAUAACCUGCAAGAUUGAUAAUUCUCUGUGAUAUGUCGAGAUACAUCAGCCUCGCAGUCAUUGUUAUAGUUAGUCGCAGAUUAUUGAAAAUAAAUCAUGACAAAGUAUUCUAACAUACUUGAAAUAAGCUUUAUGUAAAGAUGGGAUUUCAGAUUGUUAAUGUGCUGUUAGAUAUUGUUCAAUUGAAGGAUAUUUCAGCAUUAUUUACAUUAUCAUCUUCGUUUAUUGUGACUUCAGCCGGUAACUGAGAUACGUUGGUGAUCAUUAUUUAUAGGUUAUGGAUUAUGAACUUAUUUUUUUUCUGCUAUACUUUUUAAUUUCGAUGAAUUUAUCGAGCGUGAAGGAAUAAGUUGAUCGAGCUUCUUGCGAAAAUUCGCGUGCUUCCAAUGAUCUCCACUCUCAAACAGCUAUUCAGUUAUGAUAAUUAAUUCUUAGGAUCAUCGUAAUUAUGCAAAAUUGUAAAUAUUGUUCAUUAUGCGCUGUUAAACACUAUAUUAAAAAAGUACGUACACUUCUAUCUCGAGUGAAAUGGAAAAAUAUCGAAAUUCUGUUACACCUAUUCCUCAUCAAUUUUGUAAUAAAGAUUAUCAAUUAAAUUAA